AACGAAUACAACCAAAUUUCAUUGUGCAAUGAUGUGAAUUAAUCAAUGUUAAUCAUCAAUUGAUAAGUUUAACAAACAACACUUCAAUUCAAUUUUCCACACUUAAUUGCUUUCGAAAAAACCAAAUAUAAACCACUUGACAAUGUUGUCUAAUCUAAAUGGAACAAAAGAAUCGAUGAGUGAAAAAUCGGAUGUCGAGAAAGAUCAGAGUCAAGAUGAUUUACAGAAAGUCAGCGAGUUCUUUGAAGCGAACGCAAGCACCAUUGAGAGAUGGUUGAAGGAGAAAGCUCCCGAUGAAGUGAUAAAUCAAAUCAAUUCAAUUGUUUCAAAACAUAGAGUUUGUGAGAAGGAACAUCGUAGCUCGGUAACUUCAGAGUUGUAUCAACAAUGGCUUUCAUCAUCAGCAACCCCUUUGAAGUUAAGCUCUCCGUCUUACAAGGCCGAUACAAGAAAAAACUUAUCGCAACUUGACGAAGGUGAACUUUUCAUGGAACUUAUAAAAGAUGUAGCUAACGAGCUCGAUAUCGACGUGUUAUGUCAUAAGAUUUUGGUGAAUGUCGGACUACUGACACAUGCUGACCGCGGUUCACUCUUUCUUGUGAAAGGAGGAAACAGCAAUUCUCGUUAUCUUGUUGCAAAGCUCUUCGAUGUCACUCAAGACACGGCACUCGAUGACGCAAUCCGCUUGGCAAAAUCGGAAGAGCUUAUCAUUCCGUUUGGGGUUGGCAUUGCAGGGCAUGUUGCUGAAACGAAAGAGAUUCUGAAUAUUAAAGACGCAUACAAAGAUCCUCGUUUCAACAGUGAAAUCGAUUUAAAGACUGGCUACAAAACAAAUAUCAUUCUGUCGAUGCCGAUUUGUAAUUAUGAGGGCGAAGUCAUCGGUGUCGCUCAAAUCAUAAAUAAAACAAAUGGGCAAGAAGAAUUUACUGAGCGCGAUGUCGAAGUUUUCAGACGUUAUUUGACUUUUUGUGGGAUCGGUAUUCAGAAUGCGCAACUCUUUGAGAACAGUGUUCUUGAGUACAAACGCAAUCAAAUUCUAUUGAAUUUAGCUCGCAGUAUUUUUGAAGAGCAAAACAAUUUGGAAUGUCUUGUAACAAAGAUUAUGAAAGAGGCUCGAGAUCUUCUCAAAUGUGAACGCUGUGCUGUUUUUCUCGUUGAUUUGGAAUGCUGUGAAUCGAGUCAUUUAGAGCGAAUGGUUAAGUCAACGAAUCAAAUUGAUUAUGAUGAAAGCAAUAGAGUUGACAAUGACGCAAAAAAGGUUCUUCAAGCACCACCAAAAUUUACCAGGAUUUUUGAGAUGGGAGGAAGUGACAUCAUUGCAAACAUUAAUCGUCCGUCCAUUGAAGAUAUCAACAGCUCGAUAUUUGCUCAGAUUGCAUUACAUGUUGCAAAGACUGGAGAGAUUUUAAACAUUAAUGACACGGCUGAUUGGCUAAAGAAUCAUCCUGGAUACCAUUGUGAUAGUGAAGAUAUUUCGCACGAGUCAAAAUGCAUUCUUUGUAUGCCAAUUGUCGAUGGUCAAAGACGGGUUAUUGGGGUUUUGGUCUAUGUGCAUGCAAAUGGAGCACAAUUUACAAAUUCUGAAAUUUCUAUAUUUGAAGCAUUUGCGAUUUUCUGUGGUCUGGGAAUUCACAAUACGACCAUGUAUGAAAGUGCAUGCAAACUAAUGGCAAAGCAGAAAGUUGCACUCGAAUGUUUAUCUUAUCAUGCAACAGCCAGUCAAGACCAAACUGUGAAACUUACAAGCGAGCAAAUUAAAAGUGCAGAGGAAUAUAAACUUUAUAGUUUUAAGUUCAUUGAUUUCGAACUGGAGGAAGAGGAAACGUGUCGAGCAACGAUAAGAAUGUUUGUCGACUUCAAUUUGACAUCACAAUUUCACAUUCCGUAUGAUAUGAAAACCGGAAAAAUGGAAAGAUUCAUGCAAGAUUUGGAGAUACUGGGACUUCUAGUGGCUUGUCUCUGUCAUGAUCUCGACCAUCGAGGAACCAACAAUGCAUUUCAAUUAAAAACUGACAGCCCCUUGGCAAUUCUCUAUACAACAAGCACAAUGGAACAUCAUCAUUUUGACCAAUGUGUAAUGAUUCUCAAUUCGGAAGGAAAUAACAUUUUUCAGGCUUUGUCGCCUGAGGAUUAUCGCUAUGUAAUGAAUGUCGUUGAGAGCGCCAUUCUUUCCACCGAUCUGGCAAUGUAUUUCAAAAAACGUGAUAAAUUUCUCGAGCUGAUAGAUAAUGGCGAAUUUGAUUGGCAGAGUGAUGAAAAAAAAGAACUCUUGUGCGGGAUGAUGAUGACAGCUUGUGAUGUAAGCGCGAUUGCGAAACCUUGGGAGGUUCAACACAGCAUAGCGAAGCUUGUUGCUGAUGAAUUUUUCGAUCAAGGAGAUUUGGAAAAGCUUCAAUUGAAUACAAAACCGAUUGCGAUGAUGGAUCGUGAGAGGAAAGACGAGCUGCCGAAAAUGCAAGUUGGAUUUAUUGAUGUGAUAUGUAUGCCGCUUUAUAAAGUGUUAUCUGAAACAUUCCCAUGGAUAUCGCCAUUAUAUGAGGGAACUGUUGAAAACCGAAAACAUUGGCAGGAUUUAGCAGAGAAGGUCGAAAUGGGAUUAACUUGGAUCGAUCAUGACACAAUUGACCAACCAAUAGAAGAAUUGGCUGCAAAUGCAAUCGACCGUGGCGAUAUCGAAUUUACUGUCUGUGAACUGAAUUGUCAUAACGCUCAACAAGAUGAUCAAGGAUCUCCUGUGCAUGAGCGGAAACCUCGCUUCAGUAGCUUUAAAAAAAGUGGUGCUUUAUCCAAAGCUGUACGAAGUAAGCUCAACUUAACAAAAUCUUCGACACAGUCAUCUGAAAAGCAAAAUAGUUGUGGUGAAAGUAGUUCAUUUGAUCAAGAGAAAGGUGGCGAUAGUAAUGAGAAUGGAUCAUCUAAAGAGUUUAAUGAACCAUCCACAUCAAGCUCAACAACUUCAAAACCACCCCCUCCAAAUAAGGUCACAAAGAAGAAAUCAAAGCUUUGCCUUCUUUUAUGACCAAAGCAAUACAGUGAAGACCAUGUCUAGGACAAGUGAAAAAGCAGUCUUCACUGUUACUUUAAAUGUGUUGUGAAAAUAUGAUAGAUAAUCAAGACCGAUGCGUUUACAUACUCACAUAAUGACUCGUGUCAGAUUCCUUUUAAUAAACUGAUAACUGACAUGACGAAUGACUAACAUUUUUUUCUGUUAGAGAAUCGUUACUUACAUAAAUGAACACACAAAAACUGCUUACACAAACACUGGCUUUAUUAAUCAGUAAUUAAUUUAUUUCUUGUUAGAGUCUUUAAAAACUUUUAAACUUUUGCAUAGAAUUUUAAUAAACUUAGAAUCAAAUUUAAAGAGAUACUGUCUAGGUGCACAUCAUUAAAGUGAUAUUUGUUGAAAAUGAAGUUUAGUUAUUUAUUAGAAUAUCUAUUAAGAGUUAAUUUCUUUUAACAGUUUACAUUAUAAAUUUUCAAAAGAAAGCAAUCUCUUAA